GAGAUCGGUUUUCUGAAGAGCGGUUCUUAAAUGAUUGUUUAUCAGGAGAACAGUUGGAUGUACCAUCCUGAGAACACGGUGUAACUGCAACUUCAAAUCUAAGCACAUUGGGAGGUCAUUUAAGUUUUAUGUUGCUUGUAAGUCUGUGUCUGCCCUCUAGUAGGCAGUAUGCACUAUCCCGUUCCCCACCAGCUCAGACUGCAGUCUGUUCUCCCCACGGACAACACACAUGUGACCAUACUAACGCUGUCUAUUACUAGAGCUCCAGCUGUCAACUUAACAGAUGUCUGCACAGGCACUCUUGUUUCCAAAUGUAAAAUAACUUGCGAUGUUCAUCUCUUCAGACUGGAAGCAGACAUUUUCCUCAAUGACUCUGUGCAUUUUGCACUGGAAACAAAGUUUGAGGGCAGUUUCUUCAAGAGACCGUUUAAGGCGUCACAUGUAGCUUUUUUCAAAGCUUUUAAAGAGACCAGACAGACAGCGGGAAGCUGCUACACUUUAUUGAUUGAUUAUAAUUUUUUGCCGUUGAUAUUAGAAGACUGGAACACGGCAGUUUAUCUCUAAUAGCGCUGACUCACGCCGUAGCCUGUUGGCAUCUCAGCAUUAAAAGCCAGCGAGUCAGAGACUGGAGCAUAGCGCCUUCUUCCCCACAUUGCUAAGAGACGCUGCUUUACUGCCCCACUGCUCUGUACUCAACUCUUACUUGCACACUACAGUCUCUCAGUCAUCCGUCUAAUACUUGCCACUUUAAAAUGCUUCUCUGUUUGUUUGAUGUACUUAUCUGACAUUCAGGGCAGCUUUGAUGCUGAGUCUCUCUCUUUUCUUUCAUUUAUCAUUUGAGUAUCUGUCUGAUGCCGUGUUGGCACAUCUGAUUGGGUAUGCAGACUCUGUACUGAGCAUGCCAGCCUGUGACAGGGACUGCAAUGCAGAGCUGCUCUCCUGGCACACACCAUUUGUCUGCCCUUAAUGUAAAUAAUCCUGAGCACGGAGCUGAUCAUGGCAGAGAUGGCUUCUGAUGGAUUAUCUGUCUGCACACGUUCGUUGGUGCAUGCAGGGUGCACACUCCCGUUCUUGUCUUUUCUUCGUGUGGUGAUGCUCAAAUAAAAGUGAGCCAUUGCACUCUCUCUCUCUUUCUGUCUUGCCUGUCUUUUGUCUCCAUCGCACAUGAACACGUUUACUCUCUGCAGGGCAGUUAUCCGCAUCAGGCUCUCUCUCUUUCUCUGUUUCUCUUGCUCGAUCUCUCUCUCUCUCUCUCUCUCUCUCUCUCUCUCUCUCUCUCUCAUUCUGUGUCCUUAAAUGACUUUCCUUCAGUCUCACUCCCUCCCCCUCUCUCCCUAGUCUCUGUGUCUGUGCCUAUAGCCUCUCUCCCCCUUUCUGUGACAUACAGUAGAUGGUGCAUCGAUUGCACAUAGACGCUUGCUUUCCCUCUCGCUGGCUCAGUUCUGUGUGGGGAGGAAGAGGACGGAUUGAGACGUAUCUCUCUGCUUCUCAAGCUACCUUUCCUCAUGCUGAGCUGCUGUGAGGAGCCUGUCUACAUUCUCUCUCUCAUCUCGGAAGAUUCUGCUAUAGAGAUGUCUGGUGAGAACGUCCUGUCUUCUCCAGAGAUCUGAAACGGGCAUUAUGUCUCAGCUCUUGCACAUGGAGAUUCCAAACUUCGGCAGCACUGUUCUGGACAGCCUGAAUGAACAGCGGCUGCUGGGCCAACACUGCGAUGUGGCCAUCAUGGUCAACGGACAGGCCUUCAAGGCCCACCGUGCUGUUUUGGCGGCCAGCAGUCUCUACUUCCGUGAUCUUUUCAGCGGUAGUGCCCAGACGCUUUUUGAGCUGCCCUCGUCUGUGGCCCCAUCCUGCUUCCAGCAGAUUCUCUCAUUCUGCUACACGGGCCGGAUGACGGUGAGUGCCAGCGAUCAGCUGAUGGUCAUGUACACCGCAGGCUACCUUCAGAUCCAGAACAUCGUAGAGCGAGGAAUGGACCUCAUGUUCAAGGCCAGCGCUCCAUACUGCGACUCGCAGACAUCUGCCACAGACGAUCCCCCGAGCCCAAACAACAACAACUCCUCCUUGUUGCUAGGCGACCAGCCCACAACUGUCUGCAAGAUCAAGGAAGAGAAGCUGGAGGCCCUGGUGUGUGGUCAGAAUGGGGAGCUAAAGCAUUCUGAUGAGGACAGGAGACCUAGGGGCAGAUCUUUAAGGAAUGGCACUCUUUUCUACACAAGUGGAGGCGUAAACGGGGUGAUACCUGUGAUGCAUGCUUACGAGCUCUCGACCCGAGAUCAUGCCAGUCCCGGUGCCUCUAGCCUCCCGACCACAGACAGUCCAACUUCACACCAAAACGAGGAGGAGGAUUUUGAAGACGACUCAUACGAGAGCCUGACAAAUGGAAAAAUCUUUGGGGGCUCGUCCGGGAUCUUUGGCAUGAAAGAGAAGAUGGAGGUGUCCUCCCUGCCUCUGUCCUUGGAAAACCGUUUCUGUGUGCUGUUAGGAGGAGACCGAGAGGCUCUGCCUGCCGGACUCAUCAGCCAGAUCGGCUACCGUUGCCACCCUGCUCUCUACACAGAGGGCGACCCUGGAGAGAGACUGGAGCUAAUUGCAGGAUCUGGUGUCUUCAUGACUCGUGGGCAGCUAAUGAACUGUCACCUCUGCGCUGGGGUCAAACACAAAGUCCUGCUGAGACGCCUCCUAGCUGCUUUUUUUGACAGGAACACUCUGGCUGACAGCUGUGGGACUGGAAUACGUUCCUCCAACUGUGAUCCGAAUCGCAAACCACUGGACAGUCGCAUACUCAACACAGUGAAACUCUACUGUCAGAACUUUGCCCCUAACUUCAAAGAAAGUGAGAUGAACGUGAUUGCUGCUGACAUGUGCACCAAUGCCCGGAGAGUUCGAAAGCGCUGGCUCCCCAAGAUCAAGUCCAUGCUUCCAGAGGCAAUCGAGGUGUACAGGGGGACUGCAGUCCUGAGCCACGUGGAAGGAGCUACCCAGCCAGGCAGUGGCUUUCCUUUUGAGUCAGAGUUCAAACACCUGGCAGCGUCAAAUCUGACUCUGGAGCAACACCUCUAUGGAGAAUGCAGAGAGACACUGAGGAAUGGCUCUCACUUCAGUAUGGAAGAGAGGUCCCAAAAAGGUGAAGAAGUCAAGACUGAGCCAAGCCGAGCCAAAGAGUCAGACAACAUGCAGGAAGUUGAAAAGCUUCCGGAAAGUCCCGAGAGGGCGGCCGGUGUGCUUGCCCUCAACCAUGCUAGCAAGAAAGGGGAAAAAGAGCCUGCAAAUAGCAGCCCCAGUUCACAGAGAGAGGAACAGAACAGACAGAGACCACUAGAAGACAAUCAGUGAUUUCCUCCAUUUAUCAUUUCAUACUAUUAAAAACUGGUCUGCAGCUUAUCACACCAAAAAGGAUUAAUAUCUCUAAAGGCAUAUCUUCCAUGCCACCAAACAUCACAUUAAAGCUGCAUGAUCAUGGGAACUGGACAUAUACAAUAUUUUCCAGGAUAGACUGAAAAAUGUCUGCGUUAAAUUCAGUUGUGAUUACAAGUUUACCUACCCCUUACAGAAUCUACAAAAAUAUAUAUAAAUAUAAAAAAUAUAUAUAAAUUAUAUAUAAAUAUAAUUAAAUAUGAAUGGAUCAUAAUCUCAUUUUAGUUCAUUACCUUAUUUGAGCUAUUUGCUAUUAGCUAUUUGAGAGAUUUUAUUUAUUUAGUCUACGAGACAAAAUAAUUGCAUUUAUACAAUUGAUCAUUUUCAAAAGUUGACAUACCCAUGGAUUUUAAUAUCAUAUAAUGCCUCCUCAAGCCUCGGUGACUGUUUGUAGGCUUUUUGUGAUAGUUGUACAUGAGUUUCUAGUUUGUCCUGAGUAGUGAAUCUGUUUUUGACAAAGCCUCCAGGUCCUGGAAGUUAUUUGGCUUCCCUGCAUGAUCUGCACAUUUGAGUUCUUCCCUACAGUGGCUAUAUAAUGCUGAUGUCCAGUUUUGCUGCUCUGGAUAAUUGAGGGACUCGUACAAAACUAUGAUGCUUGAGGAAACUCACAAUAUUAAAGGGAUACUCCACCCCAAAAUGAAAAUGUUGUCAUAAGUCACUUAUCCACGUCGUUCCUAACCUGUUAAAGCUUCGUUUGUCUUCGGAACAUAAUUUAAGAUAUUUUGGAUGAAAACCAGGAGGCUUGAAACUAAAAAAACAAAAGUAACAACAUUAUUCACCAAUUCAUCUCCUCUCUCUCCACGUCACCGUAGCAACGAAUAUGAGCUUAACACAUCCAAAGUAUAAUUUUCUAUAUCAGAAGAUUCAGAAGAGCGUACGCUACCUGUGUUUAGCUCAUAAUCUCCAAAAUGGCGCUAUGGUGAAGUGGAAAGAAACAGAGGAGAGGUAUUGUUGAAUAAAGUCAUUAUUUUUGUUUUCUUCGUGUACUAAAAGUUUUCUCGUCACUUCAUAAUGUUACGGUUGAACCACUGAUGGCAGAUGGGAUAUUUUGACAACAUCUUUCAUAGAUUUCUGGACUUUGACAGUGUAAUUUACUUGGAAUGCUAUGGGAAAGUCUCAAGCCUACUGGUUUUCAUCCAAAAUAUCUUAAAUUGUGUUCCGAAGACGAACAAAGUUUUUAUAG